AUGCAGAAAUCAAACCAAUACUCAUCUGAAAUAUCAAAUGAUGCAAAUAUGAUGAAUCAUCCCAUGUUCCAGCAUAACCAACAACAGCAUCAACAACAACCGCAACAGCAACAGCAGCAGCAGCAACAACAACAGCGACAGAUGCAUCAGGGACAGCGUACCAGCUACGACUCAAAUGUCAAUAUGGUAAACCCUGUCCCCAUAGCAUUCCCUGAUAAAGGUCCAAAUUUUGAAGAUCCAGUGACUAUGCAUGCAAGACUAAAACUUGAUUACAUGAAAUCCUUCCAGGAUGACUCUCAUUUCUAUCCAGAAUUCCCAAAUCCAAAUGCACCUGCAGUACCAAAUCAAUAUAGUACUCAUCCAUCUAUGAACAAUUUCAAUAAUAUUCAGUUACAAAAUCAAAAUCAACAACAACAACAAUCUCAUCAGCACAUGUUUAACUCUGAUCAACAGAAUUCGUUCAAUAGAUCGAACACACCAAAUAAUGUGAAUUAUUUGCAUCAAAAGCAAUUUAAUCAAAAAUUGAAUGAUAGAGAAAAUUUAUUAUCAAUAUUAGCACAAAAAAGUUUGGAAAAGCAACAGCAUCAAUUCCAACAACAACAACAUCUAAAACAAAAUAAGAGACCAAACAGUCAACACUAUUACCAACACCAACAACAAGGCGAUCCAUACUUGGUUAAUUGA